AUGGUGGGAGAAGGCGUCCAUCCUCGGGAUAUGCGAGAGGCAUUGAGUAUAGCGCCUUUUCUCCAUCUCAUUCCCAAACAGGAAAUAGCGCCUUUGAUCUCAUCUACAUCCAUAACGAUAUCGCCAGAUCCCCAGGAAUUUAACUCACAAUUGUAUGAUUCGGAGUGUAAAGAACGCAGAAAAGUUGUGAAUAGUGACGAAACCAGUUUUGGCGAAGUUCUCAAGGAUUUGGCCUCUGAAUUUACAGAUUGUCAGGAUGAGGAAGUAGAUCAAAUCAGGUUUAGAAAACCAGAAAUUAUUCAAAAUGGGGAAAAACAACCCCAGGAACUCACAGGAAUAACUUUGCCGGCCCUUGAGAGGCGAAUAUUUAAUUCUACGAAAAUUGAACUGAGGCAAAUCAUUUUGCUGUCUCGUAGCGCCGACACAAGAACAUAUACUGGCAGAUUAUCCGUGCGCAAGACUUAUCAGGCCGAGGACAAACAAACAAAAGCACAUAACGAUAGAUAUUUACGCAAAUAUGAAAGGGAACUCGGAUUUUUGUUCGCUGAGGAUAAGGAAUUUCUGAAAGAACUACCAAAUUCUUAUGCAAACAGAAAGAGAUACCUUGAAGACGACGAAGAAUACAAUGCCAAAAGACCGCACCGGAUUGUGACUAUGACCUAUGACCAAGUAGCAGACCGAGCAAAUGUGAACAUGGCGAUACUUCUCCAGCAGAUUGAACGAGAAGAGGCCGAACCUGAAAUUUCUGCUAAUUGGAUGAUCCUAGAUGAUACCAAAAUCCUUACGAAUUACGCCCUAUUGCAUAUACACGACAACCUCAUCCGAAACUUAAACCACCGGGUUUUACACACUGAAGAUAACGAUAUCUCCUACUUAUCGAAAAUCCAGGAUCUCUGUUUGAGAACUAUAAAUGCCUCAGAAAACAUCGAUUUCUCGGAAUUGAGUUUGAGAGUAAUUGCCCCUGAUCUUCAAGAUAACGACCUUGCGUCUUUGAUUAUCAGCCUAGAAACCUGUCUAAACUUCACCAAAGCUAGUAAAAUCAUGCUUUUGUUGCUCACCAGUCAUUAUUCGGAGAAGUUGAUGUUUUACGAUGCCCACACGAAUCUGGUGAUACAGCUUAUGGACAGUGUGGUCGACUUGCUAAUAAUACCACUCGCAUCUUUUGAAAACGUACAACCAAUAACUAACACGCUAAAGCCCAUAUUAGCCAGAUUGCUAGUUGAAGUCUGCGAUUUGUUCCAACUCUUCAAUUCCUACAAGCACCCAAACCGAUUUGAUGACACUCUUAUUACUAAAUUGGAAUACCUUUGCAUACAUGCAGUGUUUGCUGAAUACCGAAGCAAGGGAAACAAUUCAUUUUUUGGUUUAAGCCAGUUUGAGUUGUUGAAAUUGCGAUCUUGUGAAAUGAUUAUCAGCUUAUUCUCUAAUAUAUCUGAUCAGCGAGAGUUCAUCUUAGGAGAACUCAUAUCAAAUUUUGACAAAUUACUGCCCAAUAGGACAGUUGCGAGACAAUACAAACUUGCUGGUGGAGGCAAUGUACAAUUGGUUUCUGCCCUUCUAGCCAAGUUGAUUGAAAGCAGCUCAGCAGACUUUGAUGUACUGUCUUUAUCGGAAAGUUUUAUUGACCUGCCUGCUUUAUCCAAUAACGUCAAGGAAUCAAUUCUCAACUGCAAGAAAACUGGAGACAAUAUUUCCAGAAUGUUGAUCUCCAAGUUCAGUGGAACCACCUCAACAAUGAGCAAACAGUCAUUAGAGUUAAUGGUUGAAGACUUACUACUGCUUAUGUUGUCACCAGUUUGGGCCGGUUCCACCGUUCUAUUGACUUCGAUCACAAAUUCAUUUCUUAUCAUGAUCAAUGCAGAAGCUGAUCCUCCUCUUGAGACUACAAUGUUGGAUAUGUUAGGAUUGAUUGUAUUGAAGAUCAAGUGUAUAUCCUGCAAAAAGGAAUUGAAGCGUAUUACCCCCAGAGCUUCCAGCGAGGAUUUAAACAUAUGUAAGUCCAUGAUGAUCAACGUUCUUCACGAAUUGAAAAGCAUUUCUGGAAAUGUCUUUCUGAUUGCAAGUUCUCAGUUUUUGCUACUCAAGUAUCUUUCGUAUUUCCUUUCGUUAGUGGGGGACUCAGAAAAUAAUAGCCUAUUGGCCAAUACUGAAGUCGAAAACUUGGAGGUGGUCGCUAAACAGGCAUGUAGAGAUUUGAUAAAUGCAACUUCAGAUGGCCAAACUAACAUUCUGAAGGAUGCUUCGGCUUACACUGAGAACGAGUACCUUUCCAUAAUGAAUAGCCAAGAAUUAGAGGUUCUUUACGAAGGAUUUUUAGGCUCUGUGGUUGGAUUAAUGGAUAGCAAUAAAGUCAAAGUGAGAGCUAAAUGUAUCAAAAUUCUUUCGUCGUUAAUUGAGCAGAAUGAUGAACUUUUACUUUCGCCAAAGAUUCAAGAGUCUGUGUCAAACAGGUUAUUUGAUAAUUCUCCACUUGUCAGAGAUGCAGUGAUUGAUCUAAUUGGAAGAUACAUGUCUUCCAACCCUGUUCUUGUUGACAGGUUCUACAAAUCCAUUUGUGAAUGCCUUGUUGAUGAGAGUGUCCAGGUUCGUAAGAGAGUAGCCAAGUUGAGUGGGCAGAUGUACGAAAAGACAACGUCUAAGUCAGUAAAGGUAUAUAUUUCUUCCAAGUUGAUAAGGAAAUUGAACGACGAGGAUGAUGUAGUUCAAGACAUUUCCAGAUCCAUACUCCUUUCGUUAUGGUUUCCCAAACUGAAUAAUUUGGAAAAGGUUGAUUCAUCUAAGACAACUGCUGAAGUAAUGAUGGAUAUAGUAAAAAGUGGCGGAAGAACUAGCGAGGGCUUCGAAUCUUUCAUAAUAAACUAUGUCAACUCCAAUAAUAGUCAAGCAGCAAAAGUCGCCAUGAAAUUGAAAUUGGCUCAAGUUUUUGAUUUCAUAAUUGAAGGUGGCGAUGCCGUUGCCAGUGCCAUGAAACUAGUCGCAAUGUUUGUUAAAUGCGACAGUUCUAUCAUAAAUCAAGAUCAACUUGUUUCAUUGGAACCAUUCUUUAUAGAAGAAAAAUCAACUGAAGGAACUUCAAGACUUUAUGGUUUAGAGAUUCUAUCCUCGGCCUUACCAAGCAUUGGUUCAUUACGUCCAGAUUUCUUGGCUUCGUUGGUUUCGAAUUUAUUGAAGAAACUUACGAAAUACAGCGUCAAGGAGUUGCAUCAUGUUGUUCCUAGUGUAUGGGUUCUUUGUCAGAUGAACAAGGAUUCAAUUAAGCUUGCCAAUGCUACAAUUUCUUGUAUGAGACUCAUUAAGCCAUACUUUGAGUUCAAGGAGGACAAAAAGUUCGAUGUUAAGUUACAGAAGCUUUUACAUCUUUUGGGAUGCUUUGGAAGAUACUGUAGACUUGAGAAUCAUCGUGAUCUCUUUCAGAAAUCUUCCCUUGGAUUCAAAGCAAAAGAAUCAGUUACUAGUGGAAUCGUGAAAUUCUUGAUGUACUUCUGUGAUUCCAAAAUGCCCAGCACAAUCCGAAACACAGCUUUGGCAAAUAUGAUCCAUGUUUGCCGGACUCACACAAAGCUCUUUGUUUCGGAAGCUAUCUUGAAGGUCUUCGAUAGAGAAAUGAAUCUAAAAAGCAAUGUCGAAUCCUUCAAUACCAUUAUCCGAGGACUCUUCGAUUUUUUGAAGGAUGAAGAAAUUGAAGUACGCAGAAGAGUUGGGUCUUCAUCUACUUCUUCUGACAAACUCAAGAUUGAUAUCUCAGUAUUUCACGGCGAUUCCAAGUCGUUUCUUCAUGAUGGAAUAUGCGCUGGUCUCAUUCAACGGUACGAGAAUAGAAUACUUGAAAUGACACUAUAUGAUAAAGGAGAGCAAUCAUACCUUGCAGUUCAGUUUGUAGAACUCAUUGUCAAGAUUGGAUUUUCGAACCCAAAACUUUGCAUUCCUACAAUUAUAGCAUUACAUUCCAGUCCAAAUCCAUAUGUUAGAAAUAUCGCAAGACAAGUCCACAAAGAACUUUUUGAAAAGCACGAAUCCUUGAUUGAUACAAGCUAUGCUGAAGGGUUCACAUUGUCGUUUAAUUUCCUGAGAAGAUUAUCUUUAGACGAUUCGUCAUCUACAGAGGUAUUCAAUUCCGUGUACUCGAUUAUCCAGAAGACGUAUUCUUCUAGAAAAAAGUUCAUCAACUCUUUGCUAAGACUUUUAGUCGUUGACCUCGAGCGCACAAGCAUUGUAGAUGCUCUCGAAAAGCUACAGUUUGCUAGGAAUAAAGUGUGUAAUAUCGCAAAGAUCAAUUUCGCUACGCUAGAAGAGGUGUUGAUGAUUGUUCAUGAGAUAGACCAUGUGGUCAGCCGUUCGGGAAUGGACUUGGUGGACAAACUCAAGACCCAAACUGAUGAUGUGGCUAUUGACUUGGUUAUUGCGCAAUCAAUUUUAGCAAUUUCAGCAUUGAGAAGCCAUUUGGUUAACAAAUUUUCACUUGGAAGAUCCUUGAUAGAUAGGUUCAUUCCCGGAAAAGUAGAUCCCGACAUGAGGCAUGCAAUCAAAUCUAGCUACCAGCUACCUCUCGAAAUUCCCGUUCUCCCUGAAACUUUGGAGAAAUCUAGUCUUAUAAUCAUAGUACAGAACGAGGUAGACAAAUAUGCAUAG